AUGGGCCCGAGUUUCGAGAGGCCGCAGAAUGCGGGCGGAGGGAUAUUCAUGGGCCCGCCAGGGGCGCUGCCAGUGGGACUCGGAUCGUCGCGGCUGUCAUUCACCGGCGCGCCUCAGCCCGGCGCGCCUCAACCCGGCGCGCCUCAGCCCUACUACAUCCCGGCGCUGUUGCAAUCCGCGAGAAGCAGCGCGGCGGAGAUGUUUCACUUUCCGCGGUCGCCAAGUACGGAUUCCGACGACCUUUACCCAGAUUCUUCGCAAGUGGACGUACUACGGCCAAUGGCUGCUCCCGGCUUGCCUCCUCCUCACAUGGUUGGUCCUCCUCCUCACGCGUCGCACCAUCGCCGCUCGCGAAGCAGCAUGAGCGACGAGCAGGCAAACAGGAACCCAGCGGGUUACCACCUUCGAGGCGAGCUGCAGCAGCAGCAGCCGUGCGAGUACACCCACUGCCUCACCUGGCAGGGGGGGCCCAGGCGAGACAACAACGAAGGAACAGGGCCAGUACCCCGUGUUACAUCACAUGACGUGCCAGUGGUAACCACCACUGGUUGUAACGCCACGGUGGCGAGUGUUUCAGCCAAUACGGGUAGUUUGUCUUCUGAAAAACGGGGAUCCGGGCGGCUGUCCAGGAGUGUUCAGGACGAUGACGUGGCGGAGGGAGCGGCGCCGUGCCAGCGUGACAAACCGAGCGCGGAAGGGACGGGGAAAGAAUGGGCGGCGGCGUCUUCGCGCAGUUCCCGAAAGGAUCGGCCGUCCGGGAGGACGAAUGGCCGGAAUGGUUCAGGAGACAGCGAGGAGAAUUCGACGGGGUUAGAAGGGGUAGGGAGGAGUGUGGCAGGGUCAGGCAGAAGAUCUGGACGGCUGAGCAGGAAUCUGGGGGACGAUGAGGACGAGGAUCAACGGUCAGGAAAGAGUGGGUCAGGGAGGCUGCGGAGGAACUUGGAGAACGACGACGUGGCAGCAGCUGAUGGUACGGCGCCACGUCAGCGUGGUCCGGCAGCGCUGUCCACUGCGCGCCGAAACCCACCAUCCCGUCACGCAAAGGAAGGCUCGGAAGGAGAUGGGAAACAGCCUGACCGAGCCACACGGACUCAACCAAACUGCACGCAGACCAAGUCUGCUUCCCAAGGUCACGCGAGGCCGAAGAGCCGAUUUCAGCGAAGCCUGGAGGAGGACGACUGCGAGCAGCGCAGCAGAUCCCCCCGGAUGUCACUGACAGGAGGCUCGGAUCGCCCGCCAUCAGCCUCAGAGCCUCGGGAACGCAGCAGCUUGCCCAGUAUUGGCACUCCCAGCUCAAAUCCUCCUGCUGGUAGCCCCACGAGGUCAGGAGGAUCCAUUUCACGGGCAGCUGGGGCAGCGGCUGGAAAGGGUAACGGUGCUAGCAUACGGCAGGGCAGCAGGCUGAGCAGGAGCAUGGACAGGGAUGGUGUUGUGGGAAGAGGUGGUGGUGAUGCUGCUGGUUCCCGGCAGAGCAGCAGGCUUGGAAGGAGUGUGGAGGAGGGUGCGGCUGGCCAGGAAGGUUCGGUGGUUGGGAAGAAAUCAUCGAGCCAGGGCGUCAGGUUCGGCGAUGUGCAUGGGGAUGGUGUGGCAAGUGAGCACGGUGUGGUUGGGCGGAGAGAUGUGCGCGGUGGUGAGAGGGGAGGAGAGCAGCGGCGGGGCGGAGGAGGGCAAGAGAGGAGGCAGCCGGUGAGAAUGUGUCGGAGCUUGGAUAACGACGAUGAAGUUGAGGAGGAUGAUGAUGGUGAUAGGGACAAUGGCAAGAUUUCGCGUGAGAAUGGUGUGUCAUCAGGGAGGAGGCUGGAGAGGAAUUUGGAGGAUGACGAGGAUGGCGAGCGCACGAAAGGCGGUUCUGGAGAGGGUCGAAAGCCCCGCAAAAGCCUUGAGCGUCACUUGUCGGAUGACGACGACGACGAUGAUGAGAAAAAGAGGGCAGUGGGUGGGAAGAGUAGAGGAGGUGGCAGGCCCAAGUCAGGAAGCUGUUGCGGCUCGCCAUCAACCGGAUCAGUCUCCGCUUCAGCAGCAGCGUCGUCCGCAGCGGUCACAGCCGCGCCGCCUGCCGCGUCAACCGCAGCACCCGCGUCGCCGCAGCUGACUCCGUCGCUGACGUCAGCAGCGAGCGAUGCGGCGGCGUACGCAAUUGCGAACCCGCCGAGAACGGACUGGACGAGGGACGAGAUCCAGGCUAUCUACUCGUCGCCGCUCCUCGACCUUAUCUUCCACGGGUCGCAGGUGCACCGCGCGGUGCAUGGGAACAGGGAGGUGCAGCAGUGCACGCUGCUGUCCGUGAAGACCGGCGGAUGCUCCGAGGAUUGCUCCUACUGCGCGCAGUCGUCGCGCUACGACACGAGCCUGGAGCCGGGCAAGUUCAUGCCGGAAGACGAGGUUAUCAGCGCCGCGAAGAAGGCGAAGGAGAGCGGCAGCACGCGGUUCUGCAUGGGCACGGCAUGGCGCGGGGCCACAGGCCACUCGGACGACUUUAACAAAGUGCUGGGCUAUGUGCGCACCAUCAAGGACAUGGGCAUGGAGGUGUGCUGCACGCUGGGAAUGCUGACGGAGCAGCAGGCGGUGCAGCUGAAGCAGGCGGGGCUGACGGCCUACAACCACAACCUCGACACGUCCCGCGAGUAUUAUCCCAACGUCAUCAGCACGCGCACCUAUGAUGACCGCCUGCAGACCAUUGCCUAUGCGCGCAACGCUGGAAUCUCUGUGUGCUCCGGCGGAAUCAUAGGGAUGGGGGAGGCAGCGGAGGACAGGGUGGGGCUGCUCUAUGAGCUCGCCACCAUGCCGCAGCACCCAGAGAGUGUCCCUGUCAACCUUCUCGUCCCCAUCCCCGGCACGCCUCUCGAGAGCCAACCGCGCGUGCCCGUGUGGGACGUGCUCCGCAUGAUUGCCACCGCCCGCAUCAUCAUGCCGCAAGCCAUGGUGCGCAUGUCCGCCGGGCGGCUUGGCUUGUCUGUAGCGGAGCAGGCGCUGUGCUUCUUGGCUGGCGCUAAUUCGAUUUUUACCGGGGAGAGGCUGCUGACGACGGCGAAUAAUGACAAGGAUGAGGAUGCGGAGAUGUUUCAGCUGCUGGGGCUGCUGCCCAAGCCUGCCAAUUUGUCUCUUUAA